AUGAUAAGAAGCAGUCGAGCAAUACCAGAAGAUGAACUGCUGAUCCCCCUUUUAAUAGAGAGGAGGCAGGCAGAAUCUUCUCGCAUCAGGGAGAAGUAUCCAGACAGAAUACUGUACCCUUAUCCCUCAGUGCUAUGUUUCCACAUUCAAGUGAUUGUCGAGAAAGCAGAAAAGGCUGAUAUCUCUGACAUUGAUAAGAAGAAGUACCUUGUCCCAGCUGAUUUGACUGUUGGCCAGUUUGUUUAUGUGGUUCGAAUCUCAGUGCCGAGAAGGCCAUAUUUGUCUUUGUUAAAAACAUUCUGCCACCAACUGGAAAACAAGGAUGAAGAUGGAUUCCUUUACAUGACAUACAGAGGCAAAUCCAGGAUUUAG